AAAAAAAAAAAGAGCCAUGGGAAAAAAUACCUGCGUGUUACAACUCUGUAGUUGCACGCGUGGACACAGCAUGCCCAUGCAUGUGCAUUUUGGAAGCGAUCUCCAUCGCAGCCGGCCUAUUUUUGUCCCGCAGGCCACGGCUUCCCGCCAGGAGGCGCCUUCCGCCCUCGGCUCCUUGCCCCGACACCAGCCAGCCCCGUUCGGGCUUCUCAGGGUUUUAACUUCAAAGUGCUGGACACUCACCCGAGAAGGGGCCCCCGGCCUGACCUCUCUUGGAAUUCAAAAUUCCAAGGUCGCGAGGGGACGGGGCGGGCUCUUCCCUCGGUGUCCGGAGUCCGGCGCACCCUACUUGGAGCGCGGCCGGCAGCUCCAGGGCGAAGCCCGGCUAGGGCGGAGGCAGAGCCGCAGACCUCCCAGCCGCCGCCGUCCGCCCAGGAUGCCUCACGCUGGCCCGGGACCCUCCCUCGCCAGGCCGGCCGUGGUGUUCUUAGUGUGGCGCUAGAGAUUCUGUCGCGUGCGUUGAAGGGGUUUCUGCUGCUGCUGUUGCUUUUCAUUUAUUUACUUCCCUUCUCCGGACGGGGCCGUGCCCGCCUCCCGCUGCCAUGAUGGCCCAGUCGAAGGCCAACGGCUCGCACUACGCGCUGACCGCCAUCGGCCUGGGGAUGCUGGUCCUGGGCGUCAUCAUGGCCAUGUGGAACCUGGUCCCCGGGUUCAGCGGCGCGGAAAAGCCGGCCGCUCAGGGCAACAAGACCGACGUCGGCAGCGGCAUCCUCAAGAGCAAGACCUUCUCCGUGGCCUACGUGCUGGUGGGGGCGGGGGUCAUGCUGCUGCUGCUGUCCAUCUGCCUGAGCAUCCGGGACAAGAGGAAGCAGCGGCGAGGCGAGGAGAUGGUGCACGGCCCCCAGCCGCCGGGCGCCGGGCCGCACCCCCAGGAGGAGGACAGCCAGGAGGAGGAGGAGGAGGAGGAGGAGGCCGCCUCAAGGUACUACGUCCCCAGCUACGAGGAAGUGAUGAACACAAACUACUCAGGGGCGAGGGUGGUGGACCAGAACCCGAGGUUGAGCAUCUCUCUCCCCUCCUACGAGUCGUUGACGGGGCUGGACGAGAUGACCCCCACCAGGGCUGACCUGGAGACCAGCCCGGGGAAUCCGCCCGACAGGCAGAACUCUAAGUUGGCCAAACGCCUGAAACCGCUGAAAGUUCGAAGGAUUAAAUCCGAAAAGCUUCACCUCAAAGACUUUAGGAUCAACCUCCCGGACAAAAACAUCCCCCCUCCUUCCAUUGAGCCUCUGACGCCUCCGCCACAGUACGACGACGUGCAGAAGGCCCCCGACACCCGGCCACCUGACUGAGCGGCCCCUCUCGAGCCGUGUUCCCUCCUGUCUCUCUCGCCCUCCCCACCAACAGCCCGUAACCAAGCCCUCAGCCACGGCUGAGCGCAGGGGCCAGCUGUGCACUUAGCAGUUUGGACGGGGGGUGGCGUUCUCUGUGUCAGGAGUGACUCUGGUGUCCCACGGAGCCUCGUGUAGCAGGUGCCGCCAAAAGAGGUGCGGCCUUGGAACCCGUGAGCCUGUGGGCCACGUCAAGGGUGCAGCACAGGCACCUUCCUCAUCAUCCUCAUCCUCUUUUCUCAACUCUGCACCGUGGGCGACACACUCCUCUUUCCAGCUAGGAAAGGACCCCUAGCGACCGGCUUAGAUUGUGGUUGUUUCGUUUUGCUUCCACUAGGACUGUUUUGUUUCAAAAAGAAAACAAGUUUGUGUUUGUUUCCUUCACUGGAGUCCUGAACUGAGGGCAGGAAAUAGGACUGAGCUUUGUAGAAAGGACCGGAGCUGUUUCGUGAAUCGAGCGGUGAGGCCGAGGCAGUGGCUCUCUCCGAAGCCCCUGUCGCCAGCGGUUCUUUGAGGGCCUAAGGCCUGAUGAGCUUCAGCAUGCGAUGUGUAAGAUGACAGUCUUCGGUGGUCAGUUUACUAGUCUCUACCAUGUAACAGCAAAAAAAAAAAAAAAAAAAAUGUAGGAAAUGUUCUGUUCCUUCUGAAAUGCCUAGCGACAGAGUUUUUAUAAUAAAAUAUUUUGUAUGUAAUA